CCGACUUUUAGACUUAUUUUUAUGUUUGCAUGAUCAGAUGUCUGUUGAAUGUUUGUGUUUUUUGUUUAUUCAUUUAAUAAAUUUCUAAUACAGAUGAUCUUUUGUAGUAUAGUACAGGCUAGGAUGGAAGUUAAAUGCCUAGAUCUAGACUAACUAAAUAUAUCUAGAUUUUUUAUAGAGAUAAAAUAGAGAAUUCAGCUAAUUAGACAAAAAUGGCCAUCCUAGCCUGUACUAGACUACAAGAGUUACAAGGUAUCAUCUGUAUUAGAAAUUUUUUAAAUGAAUAAUAAAAAAAAACACAAACAUUUAACACACAAGUAAUCAUGCAAACAGUCUAGAUUAGAUGGAUAAAGUGAUUAUUAAGUCCAAAGGUACUACUACUACUACUCGAUCUACAUCUCUAGGAAGAUGUCCAAUACACCAGAUUUAAAGGAAGAUUUCACACAAGAACUGAAGAAUGUCAUUAAGUCUGAAUGGAAAGAAGAUGAUGGAAGCUAUUGUAGCUCAACACCGGGGGUUUUCAUUGAAAACAGACUUCACGGAAACAUAACACAAGAAACAAUAUUGAAGGACCAUCAGUUGGUUCAGUCAAGUAAUAAACUAUUUGAAUGUCAAAUAUGUCAAAAACUGUUCGCUGACGCACCAUGUUUGAAAAGACACAAGUUAAUCCACACUGGUGAAAAUCCAUUCCAAUGUCAAGUAUGUCAGAGAGAAUUUGCUCGCAUAGAUUAUUUGAAAAAGCACAUGUUUGUCCAUAAAUAUGAAAAACCGUUCGAAUGUCAAAUAUGCCUGAAAGCAUUUAAAAUGGCAUCAGCUUUGAAAACCCACCAGGUGGUUCAUAGAGAUGUAAAACCAUUCAAAUGUCAAAUAUGCCAGAAAGCAUACACUUCUGGAUGCUCUCUGAAAGCACACCAAUUAAUCCAUACUGGUGAAAAACCAUUCACAUGUCAAAUAUGUCAGAAAGCUUUUGCUGCUGUCUCAACUUUGAACAGGCACAAGAGGGUUCACACUGGCGACAAACCUUUUGACUGUCAAAUAUGCCAGAAAGCAUUUGCUUCUUCAGAAUCUUUGAAAAGACAUGAGAGGUCCCACACUGGUGAAAAACCAUUUCGGUGUCAAAUUUGUUGUAAAGCCUUUACCCGCUCAUCAAUUUUGAAAACUCACAACUGUGGAAAUAAAAGGAAGGAAAUGGUAGAGCGGCCAUUUCAUUGUGAAAGAUGUGACAAAUAUUAUUCAACUCCUUUUACCCUUAAGCGACACAAAUGUCAUCGCCCGUGUAAACAGUUCAUAGAGUUCAAAUGCAGCCUUUGCAAUAAAUUUUUUCCAAAAAGGAAACGAAUUCAAAGACACUUGGUGACACAUAUCAAAGAAAAUUUAACUUGUGUGUUAGGGAAUAAAAUAUUUUCUACCUUUGUAAAAAACAAAAAACAAAGCGACAUAUAUUGAUUUACAUUAUUAAAUAGGAUAGAUACUCCUUUUUAGUCAUUGCAAUCUAUGGAAGCAGAUGUUGUUAAACUAACUUUUUAUAUGGCCGACAGUUAACGAGGGUGUCAUGUGAGCAGCAUUUGGCCAACUGCCUUUACUAUUUCAGGUACCCAUUAGAGUUGGGUGCAUUCAGAGGAAUCCGAAAAUUCUUGAAGCUCAAUAUCUCAGUCUAUUUACAUUAUUAAACUUUUGUAACUUAACGAAUUUGUUUUUUUACAUUUUAUUAAAUACAGCUAUUAUUAAUUGAUCAUGUUAAAAUAGAAAAAUCAUUUAAAUCUUUGUAAUGUAGUUUUAAAGAGAACAUAUUUUUUAGCAACUUUGACUAUAAAUUAAAUUGUUGGUACUAGACAGUAGAAUCUAUUUAUUGACCAAUGACAGUUUGAAAAGUUUGUGAUAAUAAGGAUAAUAACAAGUAAAUGUAUUUUGUAAAUUGUAAUUUAUGGUGAAAAAAAUAAAUAUAAAUAAAGUUUUUGAAUUGUGCAUUUUUUGAAAGGGGAAAAAAUUAUUAAAUAAUGAGUCCUUGCUCAUUGUCUGUACAAACAUAUUGCUUUAAUUAAUAUAUACAAGAUAUUUUGGUUAGUGUACCAAAAUUAAAAGUUGAAAUCCCAUAUUGGACCUAUUUUUUUUUAUUUCAUUAUAUAAUAGUUAAGCAAUAUGCAAAAAUAUCUGGAUUUUUUUUUUUAGGAUUGUUAUGGUUCAAUAUUUUUUUAUCAAUGUCAGAACUACUAUGGUAUAUAAUGUUACUAUGGUUAGAACUCACAAACCACCUUAAAGAAUCUCAAAAUGUAUUAGCUCUGUGGCAAUUUACAUAUUUUUACUGUUUUGACUAUAGAUUUGGACUGAAAGCAGCCCUGUUGUUAAUGUAGCAAUUUUAUUGUUGAAUUUGUUUGUUUUUUUAUUCUCUACAAAUAACUACUUCAUCUGGCAUGACCUUUUAUUCACCCCUGUUUGUUUGCAUUGACCUUACUGCAGUGCUAUCCACACAAUUUUUUUUUUUUAAGUUUGGUGGGGCAUAUGAAUUUCCAACAUGUGUUAAGGCAGCUACAUAAGUUUUGGGAAGCUGGACAGCGCUGUUUUAAAGAGAGGUAGCUGGCAGUUUUGUACUUUGGUUAUCAAUGCCUUAUAGAAUCAAGUUUUGAUGUUGUUGUGUUUUUUUACAUUUUAUUAAUUUCUUAUACAACCUAUAGUGGGAUCUUUUGAGAGCAUUUCUCUUUGAUCUGCAUGACAUUGUCUUACAAGUAAAAUUGUAACAUUUUCUAAAUAUCAUAGAUCCAUUAUUUAUUUAGCAUACAAUUUUCGUCUUGGUUUGUUUGAUUUGCAUGUUUCGGAUGUUCCUUCAGAUUGUGAAGCCCAAACCUCCCACAGGAUGAUGGGGGGCGGCAGCAGGUAGUGUUUGAACCCAGGAACUUCGAGACAAACAAAUGACAGUCCAGACAGAUUACCACACGACCAGGCAGGCAUUUACGUGUGUGUGUGUGGGGUGGGGGGUGUUGCUAAAGUUUGUUGGAAAUAAUUAUAAAGAAAUAAGUCAUACACAAUAAGAGACAUCAAUUAGAAGCCAUAUUGCUAUACUUGCAUGUCACUGUUGUUAUUUGUAUGAUUAUUUUGUUUUUAUUUUUGUUGGGAAGGUGAGUAGCUAUUCAGCACUACAUAGACCAUGUUGCCCCCAUUUAUACUGUGUUUAUACUUUGUACAGCAGUCUACUGUUUGCUUAUGUCAGUCAUAUAUUGUAUGAAUUUUACUGUUAUAUCAACAAUAGUAACAAGUUUUAUACUGAAUUUUAUUUGUGUAUACACCUUCACAAUUUCAGAAGUUUUUAGCACAUUUUAUUGUACCUAGUUAAAAAAGUAAAGUUCCCUUGUUAGACCUUAUGGGUGUCAUGUGGCCAGCAUAACGACCAACUGACUUUACUUUUCCCCAACUAGUGUCAGGUGGGCGCCCGAAGAUCCAAAAAUUAAAAAUCCCAGCCUUUACCAGAAUUCAAACCUGGGUCCCCUGAUUUGGAAGCCAAGCGCUUUACCGAUCAGCCACUGCGCCUACCCUUAUACCUAGAGUUGGCAAGAAAUGUGUUUUACAAUAUUUAUUUGAUUGGCUGAGAGAGCAGAAGUGAUUAUGGGCAAUGAACUCUUCAGAAAAGAAGGGAGAAACGUUUAUUCCAAAGAUGGAACAGAGACAUUUGAAUCACUCAGGAGUUGCAAUCUUUACUUACAUUCUCUUAUUUAUUGGGACAAAGUCUUAUUGGAAACUCAACAGUAUUAUCUUUGUAUUGGCAUUAAAUGUUGAUGCUACUUGAUAUUAUUGACAUAAGUUGAUGUGGCAAUUUACUUUGUAACAGACAGUAUUAUCUUUGUAUUUGCAUUAAAUGUUGAUGCUACUUGAUAUUAUUGACAUAAGUUGAUGUGGCAAUUUACUUUGUAACAGACAGUAUUAUGUUUAUCUUAUUGUAAGACUUUUUAUACAUCUUCAAUAUGAAUUUUUAUCUAAAUCGUUUUGUAUGUGUAUUGUAUUAUUCAUGUUGUCUUCAAAGUUUGAAUAAAUCACACAUAUUUUUAUGUGAACAUUGAC